AUGGUUGCCGUCAAAGGCGGCGUGUGGACAAACAUCGAGGACGAGGUGCUCAAGGCCGCCAUCUCCAAGUAUGGCCUCAACCAGUGGGCGCGCGUGUCGUCGCUGCUGGCGCGCAAGACGCCCAAGCAGUGCAAGGCGCGCUGGAACGAGUACCUUGACCCCAGCAUUCGCAAGAUCGAAUGGAGCAAGGAGGAGGACGAGAAACUGCUGCACUUGGCCAAGCUGAUGCCCACACAAUGGCGCACCAUCGCACCCAUUGUCGGCCGCACGGCCAACCAGUGCCUCGAGCGCUACCAGAGGCUGCUGGACGAGGCCGAGCAACGGGAGGCGUCCGAGUUUGGGCUGACGGGCGACGCCGACGGCGAGGCGUCCGCACCGUCGGCCGACCACGUGCGGCGGCUACGGCCUGGCGAGGUCGACCCGGAUCCGGAAAGCAAACCGGCACGGCCGGACACGAUCGACCUGGACGAGGACGAGAAGGAGAUGCUCAGUGAGGCGCGUGCUCGCCUGGCCAACACACAGGGCAAGAAGGCGAAGCGGAAGGCGCGGGAGCGGGAACAGGAGGAGUCGCGGCGGCUGGCCAAUCUGCAGAAGCGGCGUGAACUCAAGACAGCCGGCAUCAACAUCAAGGUGGUGACGCGGCGCAAGGGGGAGAUGGACUACAACGCCGACAUUCCCUUUGAGAAGGCGCCCGCGCCCGGCUUUUACGACACGAGCGAGGAGAUUGCGCGCAACGAGCGCCAGCGCGCGGCCAUUGACCCGCGGCUGCAGCAGGCGUCCAACAAGCGCAACCGCGGCGACGCGGACGCGGACGAGGCCGGGCGCAAGAAGCGCAAAAACGACGGCGACAAGAAGGACAGUCUGUCGGCGGCGGCCAUCAAGGCUGGCCAGCAGCAGCGGCUGCGCGAGGCGGAGCAGAGCAGCAAGCGCCGCGCACUCGCCCUUCCUGCGCCACAAGUGAGCGAAGGCGAGCUCGAGGAAAUUAUCAAGAUGGGCGCCAUCGGCGAGCGCGCCAACCAGCUGGCGCAGGCCAGCGACAAUGAGGCCACGCGCGGCUUGCUGCAGGACUACUCGACCAUCCAGGGCACCGGCGGACCCAUCCGCACCCCGCGCGCGGCGCCCGAGGAGGACCGUGUCGCCAACGAGAUCCGCAACAUCCGCGCCCUGACCCAGACACAGUCGUCGCUGCUGGGCGGCGAGAACACACCGCUGCGCGAAGGGUCCGGGUCGACGGGCUUCGAGACGGCUGCACCGCGCAAGCAGGUCGUCGCUACGCCCAACCCACUCGCAACGCCACUGCGGACAGGGGACGGCGCUGGCGGCAGCGGCGUGCUCGCGACGCCGCUGCGGCCCGGACAGACACCGCUGCGUACGCCGCGCGACGGCUUUGCGUUAAACGACGGCAGCGGCAUGAAUGGCGGACAGACACCGGCCCAGCGCCAAGUGGCUCUCCGGGGCCAGCUGCAGCGGGGCCUUGCAUCGCUGCCCAAGCCCAAGGACACGGACUGGGAGCUGGAGCUGCCGGACGAGGCGGACGAGAACGACGAGAGGGCGGCACGGACUGCCCAGCAACAAGUAGAGGACGCUGCAGAUCGCGACCGACGGGCACGCGAGCACCAGGAGGCGCUGGCGGCGCUCGAGCGCAAGCGGCGGACGCAGGUCAUGCAGCGCAACCUGCCACGGCCAGCGUCCGUGGACCUGGCGGCGCUGCUGGCGAGCACUGCCAGCCUCGAGGAUCCAGCUGCGGCGCUUGUCGCCCACGAGGCCGCGCUCCUCGUCGCCAACGAUGCAGCCAAGUUCCCGCUCACGAAAACGGCGGCCCGGCCGGCGACAACGGUGUCUCUCGAGACAAUAGGUGACGACGAUCUGGCCGAGGCGCGGCUGCAGGUGCUGCUUGAGGCCAAGAAAGCGCCGCCACGCGACGCGAUCGACGCAACCUGGACCGGUCUUGUUCCCGCGUCGGACGACGACGGCCGCACGACGGCGCUGCUGCUCGGCCUCGGCUGCUACGACGACGACGACGAAGAUGAGGUCGCGUCUCUUCAGACGGCACUCGAGGCCGUCCGUGACGCUGCGUUGGCGUCGGCCGAAAAGGGUGCCAAGCUCGAGAAGAAGCUGACGGUGCAUCUCGGCGGCUACAAGCACCGCGCCGAUACGCUGCGCAAGAAGAUGACCGACGCACACAGUGCGCUCGGCAAGGCCCAGGCGGCACUCAACGGCUUUGAGAUCCUGGCCCGGUCCGAGGACCAGGCGCUGCAGCGGCGGCUGGCCGGCCUGCGCGACGAAGUGAGCUUCAUCAGCCGACGCGAACGCGAGGCCCAGGAGCUGUACCAGGCAAACAGGGAGGAGCUGCUGGCGCUGGGUGGGCAGGUGGCCACAAAUGGGCAUUGA